UUUUACUCAAAUAGAUAAGGACAUACGGAUUGUUCUAAGUGAAUGAGUACGUGCGGUGAAUCAAGAUGGUCAGUCAGCGUUUGGUGUUACUCGGGCUAAGUGUUUUCAGCGUAAUUUUGUCAGCCCAUGGAAGCCCAAGAUGGUACUCGCAUUCGACUCGUAAGGAGGCAGGAUGUGGCUAUGAGGCCUGCCCGGCUCCGAAGGAAGGCAUGAUCAAUGUGCAUCUGGUACCACACAGUCACGACGAUGUGGGUUGGCUGAAAACAGUCGAUCAGUACUACUAUGGAAGUCGAAACAGCAUUCAAAAAGCGGGCGUUCAAUAUAUCCUCGACUCGGUAGUACAGGAGCUGGUGAAGGACCCAAGCCGACGUUUCGUGUACGUUGAGUCGGCCUUCAUGCAUAAAUGGUACAUGGAGCAGACGGCUGAGCUGCAGCAGCAGGUGAAAAUGUUGGUCGACGAGGGACGGCUUGAGUUUAUCGGCGGUGCGUGGAGUAUGAACGAUGAGGCAGCCGUCCACUAUCAGAGCGUUGUCGAUCAGUUCACCUGGGGUUUGCGGUUCUUGAAUGAUACGUUCGGUGAGUGUGGACGUCCCCGGAUCGGCUGGCAGAUCGAUCCGUUCGGGCACUCCCGCGAACAGGCUUCCCUGUUCACUCAGAUGGGCUACGAUGGGUUGUUCUUUGCGCGGCUCGAUUACCAGGAUAAAAACCAUCGGAUGCAGACGAGGACGCCGGAAAUGGUUUGGCACACCAGUGGCAGCUUGGGGAAUAGCGAUCUGUUUACCAGUGUCCUGUACAAUCAUUACUCGGCGCCUCCGGGCUUCUGUUUCGACAUUCUGUGCAAUGAUGAUCCGAUGAUUGACGAUAAGGGAAGCACUGAUUACAACGUGAAAAAUAGGAUUGACACUUUUAUUACCUGGCUCGAAAAGAUGGCCGAGUCUUAUCGCUCGAACAACCUGAUCCUCUCGAUGGGAGAUGAUUUCAACUACAUGGACGCAAUAAUGAACUUUAAAAACAUGGACAAACUUAUCAAGUACACCAAUGAGCGUCAGGCCGAAGGAUCCAAGAUAAACGCAUUCUACUCUACGCCAUCCUGCUACGUGAAGGCUGUUCACAGUGCCAACAUUGACUGGCCUACAAAGUCGGACGAUUUCUUCCCAUACGAAUCCGAUUACCAUUCUUUCUGGACCGGGUACUACACCUCGAGGCCCACGCAGAAGCGUUACGAACGGGAGGGAAACCACUUCCUGCAGGUAUGCAAGCAGCUUUCGGCCAUCGCCCCCACCAAGGAAUCGUUCUAUGAGGAUCAUUUGACGGUGCUCCGGGAUGCGAUGGGGGUGAUGCAGCAUCAUGACGCCAUUACCGGUACGGAGAAGCAACACGUGGCAGAUGACUACGCUCGGAUGCUGUAUGAGGCGUUUGAGGCUUGCAGUGCCAAUACACGAUCGGCGUUGAAUCAACUGUCGGGCGAAAGAGACUCGUUCAAGUUCGACUGGACGUACUGCAAGGAGGCGAACGUUAGUGCUUGUGCCUUGACGGAGAGCUCCGACAACAACGUAGUCCUGUUGUACAACCCUCUUGGACACAGUACGGACGAUUUCGUUCGACUGCCCGUGAAAGAGAGUCACUAUGUGGUUCGAAACGAUCGCGGUCAAACUGUUCCGUCGACUCUGAUUCCUAUUCCGAGCUCGGUUCUGGAUCUUCCGUUCCGCCAUAGCGCAGCCACUCACGAGUUGGUGUUUCAUGCUGAAUCGAUUGCUCCGGUAGGCUACCGGUCAUUCUAUGUUUCAAAGGAGGCGGAGAAGAAGGACGCCUCUUCUAGUAUCGCUACAAUUCGUCAGGAAGAACACGUCAGCAUUGGAAACGAUCUUCUCACGGUCCAUUUUGAUGAGAAUGGCUUCAUGAGCUCGAUCACGGUUGAUGGAGCGACGCAUCCUCUGAAACAAAACUUCCUGUUCUAUGAUGGAGCUUAUGGAAACAAUGAGGAGUUCAAGAAUCGAUCGUCGGGGGCGUACAUCUUCCGUCCGAACGGGACCGAAAAAGCGGUCACGGAAGUGGUGGAGCUUCAGGUGGUCAAAAGCGAACUCGUACAGGAAGUGCACCAGAUAUUCAACGAAUGGAUCAGCCAGGUUAUCCGAGUGUACGCCGGGCAGGAUCACGUAGAGCUGGAGUGGCUUGUCGGGCCGAUUCCGAUCGAUGACGGUACGGGUAAGGAAAUAGUGUCCCGCUUUGAGUCCGACAUUGCCAGCGAAGGAGUGUUCUGGACGGACUCGAAUGGAAGAGAAAUGCUUCGACGCGUGCGAAAUAAGCGCGAAACAUGGGAGCUGGAUUUGUUGGAGCCGGUUUCGGGCAACUAUUAUCCCAUUACAGCCAAACUUGCACUUGAAGAUGAUCACUUCCGAAUGUCCUUGUUGAACGAUCGUGCCCAGGGUGGUUCCAGCCUUCAAGAUGGGCAACUGGAGCUGAUGGUUCAUCGUCGUCUAUUGCGUGAUGAUGCGUUCGGUGUAGGGGAGGCCCUCAACGAAACUCAGUACGGAGCCGGUCUGGUUGCUCGUGGAAAACAUUGGCUUUACUUUGGUUCAUCGCAAAAAGCUGUUAGCCCAACGUUGCAUGCAAAAGAACGAUUCCUGCAGAACAAAGUUCUCCUUCCAAGCUGGACCUUUGUCAAUUCCGUUGAUAGCGUGCUUUCGUAUGACGAUUAUCUAUCAAACUUCCGUAACAUUUACUCCGCAAUCGCGCAACAGCUGCCAACCAAUGUGAAUCUGCUCACGUUGGAGCCUUGGAAGGACGGAACAGUGCUCGUGCGCUUUGAGCACCUGUUCGAGAAAAAUGAAGAUCCUGUCUAUUCGCAAGCUGUCCGCUUCAACGUUCGCAAUGUCCUGUUUGCGUUGAACAUUGAAAGUAUCCAUGAGACUACCCUUGGAGCGAAUCAGUGGAAAGAAGAUUCGGUGCGACUGCAGUUUACUACGGAAUCGACCGCCAAUGAAAUCUUUGAUAAUGUGUUCGAGACGGAAAACAUUCCUAUUGUUGAAGAAACCACUGACUUCGACAUCGAACUGCAGCCGAUGGAGAUAAGAACGUUUGUCGUGAAACGCCGCUAGUGCUCUAUUAGAUGGGAAAAAUACAUCUCACUUUAAGAGAGUUGUUCAAGAAUAAAGUUACACAUUGUGUUACCAAAACUUUAGAUAUUAUAAAUCUUGUCCAUAACAUAUAGUCUUUGUAUCAUAGAGCUUCAGUAAUAUCACUGUAUGAUUUAAUUGUGAUGAACUAACCUUUUGAAACUAUCAUUGUCAUUGUAAAAUGAUGUUCCUAUAAAUCUCGUCAUCACUAAGUCAUUGUAAAAUGAUGUUCCUAUAAAUCUCGAGGAAAAUAUGAUAUGUUUAACCUACGUUUCAA